AUGCAUGACCAAAUAUCGGAUUCAUCAUCUUCAAAAUCUAAAUCAAAUAGUAGAUCAACAUCAUCUAAUCGUCAAAUAUCAUCACGUGAAACAUUAUCAAAUACACAUAAAAAACGAUCGGAUCAAUCAAAUCAUAAAACAUCUACAAAUAAUUCAUAUAAAAAUCGUGAUUCAAUCAUGGAUAAUAAUCAAGAUAAAUCAUCAACAACAGAAACAAAUGUAGUAUCAAAAAAACGAUCAGCAUCAACAUCAAUUGAAAAUAAAAAAAAAUUAUCAACAUCCGAUGUAAACAAAUCAAAUAAUGAUGAUAAAACAAUAAAGUCACAUGAAAUGGAUUCAUUUAUUAAAAAAUCAAAUGAAUCUUAUACAGAAAAACGAAGAACUUCAUCGAGUAGUAGUAAUAGUCAAUCAUCAAAAUAUCAUAUAUCUCGUUCAGAUCUUCCAAAAUCAAGUGAAAAAUUAGAAUCUUCUCAUAAAUCAACUACAAAUGAUCGUAAAAAUGAUAAACAUUCAAUUAGAUCUGACAAAUCAUUAGCACAUUCUACAUAUAUAUCAAAAUCGAAGACAUCAUCAUCAUCAUCAUCACCUGUAACACAUCGAAGUCAUUCAAAUGAAAAACAUUAUAUUCCAUCAACAAUAAAAUCUGAUCAUCAUCGUUCAUCAUCAAUUGAUAAAUCUAAACAACAUAUGUCAUCUCAUAUGAUAUCAAAUAAAUAUGAUAAACCAAAAGAAACAUUUUCAAAGGAUACUACUCAUCAUUCAAUACCAUCAAAAACUUUUGAUACUGAUCGUCGUUCAACAUAUCAAAAUGAAGAACGUUUACGGCAUGAAAAAGAAAUGUUUGUACGAAAACAAUAUGUUCAACAACAAGAAGAAGAAAAUAUUAAAGAACAACAACGACGUUUAGAUGAAGAACGUGCACGAAUGAGACGUGAAUUUGAAAUUCUCGAACGUGAACGUUUAGAAAUUGAACGUACACGAAUUGCAUUAGAAAAAGAAAAACAAGAUCAAGCACGAGAACUUGAAAAACAACAAAGACGUUUAGCUGAUGAAGUUAAACAUCGACAACAACAACAACAAUUUGAAGUUAAAUUACGUGAUGAUAAAUUACAUCGUAUAUCAUCAUAUAAUGAUAAUAAACGUCCACGUUCAUCACAUCAUACAAAUAAUGCUAGUAAUUCAAAUAAAGGCUAUGAUCAUCGAACAUCAACAACUGGACGUGGACGUGAUCGUUCACUUGAUGAUACUAAUCGUGAUUAUCAUCCAGAGCCAAAACGACAAUAUACAAAUAAUCAACGUGAACCAAUGUUUCGUGAUCGUGUUGUUUAUCGUGAAUCUGAUCUUUCAUCAUCGACUUCUGGCCUUGGUCUUAGUUCAAGUAAUAAUAAUAAUAAUAAUAAUAAUAAUCAACGAUAUGUUUCUUCAUCAUCUAAUCAACAUCGUCUAUCUGAUCCUUAUAAUACAUUACCACAACGUGGACGUGAUAUGGCUUUACCACCUACAUCAUCUGUUAGUACAGCUUAUGAACGUUCUUCUCGAAAUGUUGCUUCAUCACCAACAAAUACAAAUACAAUUCUUCGACGUCCACAUUCACGUGAACGAUUUGAUGAUCGAGAAUAUAUACAACAAGCACCACGUCGUGAUAGAUCACCAUCAACAAAUAAUACAUUACGUCGUGAAUCAAUCGAAACAACACAUUGGGAACGGCCAAAACCUCGUGAUACUACACAUUAUACCGAUGACACUCAUAAAUAUUUACCUACUCAAUACAUUUCUGAAUCAUCUCAAUCAACUCAACAACAACAACAACAACAACAAGGAUUGUGGUCAGCAGCACCUCCAUCAAGACAACAACAUCAUCCUCCUGAUUUGCCAGUAAAAAUAGAUCCAUAUGGUUGGCCACAUGUUUCUCAACAAGUACCACCUCCAUCAAUUCCGUCCCAUCAUCCACAAGGAUUAUCAUCAUCUCAUGAUCGAUCUCGUGCCAAUGUGCCCAGCAAUCAACGUAUUCCUAUGCUCCCAUCAAAUCAACCGCCACCACCACCGCCUCCAUCAUCUCGUGGUAGUACAACGAGUCAAACUCAUUUGUACAGUCAUCCUGGUGUACCUGUAAGCGCUCUUCCAACAUCGCAACAACAUGGACCAAUUUUGCCACCACCAUCAUCUCUUCAUCAUACAACAGCCUAUGUAACACAACAAGCUCCGCCGACUGGACUUGUCCUUCAUCCAACGGGUCAAACACGUGCCUAUGAACAACAUUAUGUUGUUACACAACCUUUAUCACAACGACGUUAUUAA